GGAGAAGAAAGGAAAAUUGGCAUCUUCUCAUCACAGAUUGAUAACCAUGGAUGUGAACUACUUGUUAAUACAAAAGUUGAUCAUUUCGAAGAUUCAGCAAAUUCCUCUACUGCAGUUUCUGCGUCUGCUAGUAAAGUUGGAAUUCUUCAAUAUAUGGAGCAAUUGGAGUCUGUUUCACUGAUUUUAAAUAAUGGCACCCCUAUUUCCAAACAAAACUCUGUUAGAACUGUUGCUGCAAUUAAAAAAAAGUUCCCUGAAAACAAGCUUAACAAAUUGCAAGCAGAUUUCAAUUGCUGAUGUAAAAUGUACUGCCUGCAAGCAGCUGCUUUUUAAUCCGGUGGUUCUUAACUGUGGCCAUGUAUACUGUGAAACUUGUAUCAUCAAACCAACUAAUGAGAAGCUCAUGUGUCAAGUUUGUCAAUGCUUGAAUCCAGGGGGACUUCCAAAAGUUUGUUUGGAGCUCAAUCAAUUUUUAGAUGAGCAACUUUGCAAAGAAUAUGCAGCAAGAAGAGAUGUUGUUGAGCUCACAAAAGCCCUAAGGAAGCAUGAAAGCACUACAAUGUGUUGCAUGAAAUCUGGUAAACUCCGGUCCCUAGUGAAUUCUGGAGAAGAUAUAACAUGGUGGGCAGACCUGCACCCAGCGGUUCAUGUUAAAUUUGGUUGUGAUUCUUGUGGGAUGUUUCCAAUAAUUGGGGAAAGAUACAAGUGCAUAGAUUGUGUGGAAGCUGUUGGCUUCGAUCUUUGUGGGCAUUGUUACCAUACUAGGUCCAUCAUUCCAGGACGGUUCAAUCAGCAGCAUACCCGGUUGGAGCUUGUGAAACCAAAAAAUAUUCACGAUAUGAUGGGUGAAGUUUUUAAGUUUUGGAUAUUUUUGACUUGUUCUGAGGAGUUUGGAGUACCGAUUUUUAGAAUAGGCGUGAAUUUUGGUAUUCCUGGUGGCUUUCCGGCAAGCUGGCUGGUUUUUUUGGUGUUUCUCUGGAUAUUUUGGAUGGAAUUUGGGAAGGCGAAGUCGGGUUAA